AACGCAUUUUUUUUUUUUAGCACAAAUUACAUGGAGGGUAUUGAGGUUUUAUUUGUAGUUCUUUACUAUUUUACAAAUUACAAAGAACGUUCCAUUUUUUUUUAUACUGACGGCUGUUGUCCAAUAGGCCUACUAUAAUCAUACAUUCCUGUAACCACUAAUUACAAACAGAUAUGUCUCUACGAAUCAUUUAGUUAUCCAUAUGUUAUAGUUUAUUUUGGAGCCUACGUAUGCUUAUUUCUGUCUGUCUUCUCUCAACUUAUACAAUUUUUUAAGUUGAGACACAAUGAUGCUGUAUUUUAUUCCCAAUGAAAGAGAAAAAAUGCUUUCGGAUUUAGUCCUUAACUAAAUCGGAGUAAAUCUAAACUGAACCGAUGCGGGGUCCCCAGACCAAGUGAGGUGCAGUUCUUGGUUUGCGCUACUGGUUCCUGGAGAGCGGGUCGGGUUCCUGGUGAGCGGGUCUGGUUCUGGUGGGCGGUUUGGGUUCCUGGGGAGCGGUACUGGUUCUUGCGGAGCUGAUCGCAGCUCGAGCCUCUGUCUGUCGUGCAGCGUGAUCAGGAAGUCCUCAGCGCUCCCUUACUGGAUCUCUUUCAACAGUGACGAAUGGGCUGAAAGAUGGAUGUCAACCGGAAGGAUUUCUACAUCGGUCUGUCUUUGGCGAUCGGAUCCAGUGUCUUUAUCGGGGCGAGCUUUAUUUUGAAAAAGAAAGGCUUGCUACGAUUGGCCAGCAAGGGUUCAAUGCGAGCAGGCCAGGGAGGUUAUUCGUACCUUAAAGAAUGGCUGUGGUGGGCGGGGCUGAUCUCAAUGGGUGUUGGCGAAGCUGCAAACUUUGCAGCAUAUGCGUUUGCACCUGCAACCCUUGUGACCCCUCUCGGAGCCAUGAGUGUACUCGUAAGUGCUGUGCUGUCCACCCAUUUUCUGAAUGAGAAGUUGAACGUCCAUGGAAAAGUGGGGUGCCUGUUGUGCAUCUUUGGCUCCACGGUGAUGGUGGUGCAUGCGCCCCAGGAGGAGGAGGUGGCCUCGCUCGGCAGCAUGGCUGAGAAGCUCAAAGACCCCGGCUUUAUUGUUUUCGCCACUUCCGUGGUUCUGAUCAGCCUGGUCCUCAUUUUCGCCGUGGCGCCCAAAUACGGCCAGAAGAACGUCCUGGUCUACAUCCUGAUCUGCUCCGUGAUUGGCUCGCUGUCCGUGUCCUGCGUGAAGGGCCUGGGCAUCGGCUUCAAGGAGCUGGUGGCCGGGACGGCCGUGCUUAAGGAGCCGCUCUUCUGGUGCCUGCUCGUCUGCCUGGUGAUCUGCGUGAGCGUCCAGAUCAGCUACCUGAACAAAGCGCUGGACAUCUUCAACACCUCCAUCGUCACGCCCAUCUACUACGUGUUCUUCACCACCUCGGUCAUGGCCUGCUCGGCCAUCCUCUUCAAGGAGUGGCUGCGCAUGAACACGGACGGCGUAGUGGGCACCGUCAGCGGGUUCCUCACCAUCAUCAUGGGGAUACUGCUGCUGCACGCCUUCAAGGACAUCCCCUUCACCUGGGAGACGCUGCCGCUGUACCUGAGGAACGGCCUGCAGGGGGCGCCCUGGCAUCAGCUCCCCUAUGCAGCCCUCCCCGAACACCAGAGCGAGAAGGCAGGAGAGGGCGGGCCGACGAUGGGGGGGUAUCCCCCAGGAAGCCCUGUGAGGAGGAAGGGCAGCCUUGGGGCGGUCUAGCCACUAACACCCCCCCCCCCCCCAAAAAAAGAAAGUAUUGCAUUUUAUUGACUCGCCGACCUUUCUAGCUCGGCAACUGUAGCGUUGACAUUUUUUUUUUUUUUUUUUUCAAAAAGGUGCGUCUGCUUGCUGUGAGCAUACACAACUGAUCACUUAUUUUACUAUCUGAAUGUUAUGGUUUUUUUGACACUAUCACACUUCCGACACUAUCGCCUAUUUCAGUGAAUUGUGAAUGUGUAAUCAUACAAUCCCAAUGCUCACUUUGAGUUAACAUUUAAAUUCACUUAAGCCAUUUUUUUUUAAAUGGUAAAGCAUAUAUGCGUCAUUUGCACCUAAAGUUAAUUUAUUUGCCAAUAUACCAAUGAGACCAUAUCUCCUGAUGGUCUUCCUUUUUAAGUCACUGAAUGACCCCAGGACUAGCUUUGAAUAAUGGACUGUUCUUGAGUAUCCUAUUUGGAUCAGUCCAUUCGAUAUACCGUGAUGUGCCUUAAACAGAUUUGGUUUCAACUGACAUAUUCUUUAUUGCAUAUGUACAUUAACAUUGUUAACGAAGAUCAUGUAUGUUAUCAAUAAAGACACUGAUAACACCCA